AUGUGGCGUCCUCCACCGUAUUGGCUGCCUGGAAGCCUCUUAUUUGUUACUCACUUGGCUCGUGAGAUGGCAGCUGUUGCACUGUCAUGCUCUGUGGGAAUCUGCUCAGCAUGCGACGAGCGAAUGGUAAAUGGGCUCUAUUACGGCUGCCAGACGCGCACUCGGUUGGGGAAGACCUGCCAGUCUUGGGCCUCUCAAGUUCCUCAUAAGCAUGAGCUGCUGCAAUCGGAGGCGCACAACUACUGCAGGAACCCCGAAGGAGAGUCGUAUAUAUGGUGCUUUACAACAGACCCUACAAUGCGCUUCGAUACCUGUGAACCGUUGGGAGUUACCCAGCAGUAUAUACAGCCGGAGUCGACUUUCUCUGUGGAGUAUUACUCGUCAGGAGCUUCUCCCUAUAAGUCCCUGAGGUUUUUCGAGGGAGCGACAGAAAUGUCUCUUUGUGGUUCUUCUGAUUUGACCCUUUCCCUCGGAGUGGAACUGCCCGCUGAUCCUCGCGGGGCAUUCGUAGAAAUACCGGAAUCUCUGUUCGAGGAUGGGGACAGCCAAAAGCUUGUCUGGUCUGGUUUUAAGCUUUCGUUUGGUCAGACUGGUAGCCUUUUAGCCUGCAUUUGCGACUUUGAAUUCGCUGGCGCAUAUACAAUACACCCGAACGGCUCGUGUACCGAUGUUUCGGACUAUAACGUGCACGGAGGACUUCUGCGGAUUGGCGGGCCAAUACCUUCAGAAGGGCUUGCUCCACUAAGUUAUACGGCCUCGAAACCGUUCUCGUUGGAGGUGUCUGGCUUGCAGCUUAGGAAGGGGGAUAGGGUUGACAUCGCACGAGAUACAGGGAGCAGCUCUUGCUUCUUGCGUUCUCUGGGAAGAACUUUGAGCGUUGCUCGGGGUUUCGGAGGGCAAAUUAGCACCUCAUACCAACUAGCCGCCGCAUGGCUCGAGCAAGCCUUUAAUAUGGAAGCCACUGUCACUUUUAAGAGUAUUGAAACGAAAGGACCCUACGACCUUGCAAGCACUGAGCCGAUCACUGUCUCUAGUAUUGACGAAUACGUCAUCUGCUGGACAGGAGAAGAAACAGACGGGCAUGCCGUUGGACGAAUUGGCAAAUUUAACACCACAGGUUUUGAUGCUUCGACGAGACACGUGGCUACCUACGCACCUUCUUCCUCUGGCGCCAACACCACCUUGUUUUCUCUGUAUGUUCGCUACGCCGGCUCUCAAUUGAACUACGAUUCAGUUUUCUUUACCCUCAGAGAAGCUUCAGCUUCACGCUGUGAAGGCGUGGAGCUCGCACAGUCUUCACAAGUCUCUUCAUUCACGUCAUCAAAGAACUCUGAGGUCGUCCGGGGGAGUGGCUUGCUUCUGAGGCCAACCGCCGUUGGGAAACUAACGACCGGGACACCUUUGCAUCUUUGUAUCAACAAUAGAAAGGAGACGGUAUUUGCAGGCUUUGCUAUUGUCGAGGAGUUCGGGUUGUUCGAAACCUGGCAGGUUUCUGGUGAGGGCACCCCUCAAGGUGUCCCUCUUAGCACCCAUGAGGUUAUACUUGAACCUUUCAGCCCCUUGGGACUCCAUUGGCUUCAAAGUGACACGACGGGGUUUAUUUCAGGGGCAGAGGAUUUUUAUACGGCAGGAGAGUUCACGAAAACCAUUUCGUUCGCUGUAUUUGAGGACGGGGUUGUAAUCUACUCGUGGACCUACGAAGACGUUGCCCCCGUGCAUGUUGCAACUAUAAAGAGGAGCGGGUGGAGGGCCCUCACGAUGGACAUCACGUUUGACAGAUGCAUUCUGUAUGCAGCAGAGGGUGGGAAGCGACCAGCUAUCAAUAAGUUUGACGCCAGCGACCCGAGAAAACUGGCCAGCGUCAGUCCUUUAGCAACUUCCUCUGUCUCACUGCAGUCCCCUUGCUGCCUAGUCACAGUGUACGAGGAUGAAGAAAAGCAAUCCAAUCCUUCUGUUGUAUUUCUAGACAAAGGCUUGGGGAUGUUCGUCUGGCUUAAUCCCUCUCUUGGGCUUGUGGAGUCACGAGACAACUGGAGCGGUCUCAGGAGACCCUUGCAAUAUCCUUGUAGCUUGGCAUGUAUUCCUCGUGGCACAGUUACGUCAUCGCACUCUUCCGACGAACCGGAAAGCAAACAAAGAGGAGUUUAUGACUGCUUCAUUGCGGAUCGAGAUGCAGACAGAGUUGUGCAGAUAGAGCUCGAUGCUGUCAAGCAAGGAACCGUUUUGGUGCGCGAAUUUGCAUCAGUAGGGACAGCAGGCGACAGGCUAUCAAGACCCCUAAAUGUGGUAGCCUUCAACUACAACGGCGAGACUCUCCUCUUUGUUGUGCAGGAGGGCCGGCAAUCGAUUGAUCUUUUGGUGCCGAAGAAUGACGGUACCACAGACUACUACAGUACAAUGGAGGAGCAGUCUGUGGGUCAGGGGAUUCCCUCGCUACCCGCCGUGGUAGAGGUCGGUGAGAAGGGAUCAGGGCUCGACUUUGCACGGAUGGUUCUUUACAGGACAUCUCUCACCAGUGUUGCCAUGCAAACACUCUCAUUAGAUGCCACAGCUGUUGCCCAACCUUUCACAUACGGUCAUGCAGACUGGUAUACAGUGGGAGAUGAGGAUAUACUGGAGCCCAUUAUGGCGGGGCGGACCUCAGUGGGAGCGUUCAAGUCGUUUAAUCUUAAUCCAAAUGUCUCAAACUUCGCGUAUGUCAGCACGAUUGCGGAUGUGGCCGAAACGAAGGGAACCCUCACUCUCCGGAUCGCCCCCUUUACCGAUUCUACUCUGGAGAUCAGUGUAAUAGGCAAGGGUGUAGUAAAUGAAGUGACCAGCACCUUCUCUAUUAACAUCGCAUGCAAAAACGGCCAUUUCAUGAAGCAAGGCAUGUGUGCAAAGUGCCCAGUUGGCACGUACAACAGUUUGUUGUUGGUGAAACAGUCUCCAACCGAAAGAUGGGGUUCCUGCAAGCCAUGUUCAAAUCUUACAUCCACUGUUUCCGAAGGCUCGACAUCAGAGGAACAGUGUAUCUGUGCUAAAGGGUAUUACCUCGAUGAGACGCAACCUGAUAAGGGAUGCACCCCUUGCCCGCCAGGCACAUGGAAAGACAUUGUGUCAGACACUGGCUGUGUUGGCAUUGAAUGCCCAUCGAACUCCUCCUCGAGCGUCACGGGGGCGAAGUCAUCGGAGGACCGUAGGUGCUCCUGCAAUGCUGGAUACGUCUAUGAUAAGGAUUUAGACUCAUGCAUCCUCUCCACAGCAGGGAGGUAUUCUCCUGGAGGAUACAAGGCAACGGGUUUCCCCUGCCCAUACAACACAACAACCAUGCCCGACCCUUCGAGUCCUCUGACUUCCCUUCAAGAUUGCUUCUGUACAGCGGGGUAUGAGCCAGCAGAUUCUGCGAAGCUCGCUGACAGUUCCACCGUGGAGUACGACUUUAGAGAGUGGCUAAGGAGCAACCCAGAGUACUCUGGCAUUGCAGAUAGCCAAGUAUGCGUCCCCUGUGGACGGACACGGUACAAGGAGACCGUCUCCGCGGAGGCAUGUUUGCCCUGCCCCACGUCUUCAUAUUCAAGUAGCUAUGCUCCUAAAGCAAGGAAAGACUGCAAUCUGUGCCUCCCUGGCUUUUAUGAGACCGCCUAUGAGGGCAUUCCUUGUGGCCAGUGUACAUUGGGCUCCUUCUGUGUCGGAAGUGAGCCUGAAAUCCCCUCUCUCAAACCCUACGCUGGACUCAAGCAGUCAUGCCCCCUCAACGCCGACACCGUCGAGAGUAACGAGAAGAAUACGCACCCUUUCAGUUGCUUGUACGUAGAGAGGACCUAUCUCGAUUUAUGUACACAUGCCAGCUGGGUAGAAGGAAAGGUGGCUUUCUGCAUAUUCGCCGUGCUAACAAGCCUGUCUGCAUUUAAAGUAACUCCAUUAGGCGUCGAAACCUUGUGUCUUUUAAAAGGGGAUCUGUACUGCUGUUACUUGCACUGCUUAUUUCGCAGGUGCCAGCCUGGCUACGAGCCUGUUUCUGUAGAAUUGAGCGAAGGAGCACUAAGUUGUGCCGCUGUUCCAAAAGGAUCAUUCAAGGACACACAUUCGAACACUUCAGCUGAGGAAUGCCCGUGGGGUGCUGAAUCCGAAUCCGCUGGAGCGAACUCUAUGCUGCUGUGUGUGUGCCGCCCUGGAGAGUACAAAAAUCUAGAGACUAGCCAAUGUACCGUAAGCGCAUCCCCUAGUGGCCAGCCUCUACGAUCACAACCGUGCCCGAUGGGCUAUUACUGCCCCGGAGGACAUAGUGCAGAAACAGAGGAAGAUCAGCCCCAGGUGGCAUGCCCCCCCCAAAUGACCACCACCAGUGAGCGCGCCACUUCGUCGGCUGAUUGCGUGUGCGAAAAAGGUUUCUACCGACCCACUUCCAGUGCAACAGAGGAGUACAAAAGUUGCGUACUGUGCCCAGUAAAUACCUACAAUGACACUAUAGGCAACUCAUAUUGCCGCGCUUGUAACGAUAAUUCCGGCACCGGCUCAGUAGGAGCCACCUCUGCCUCACAGUGUCUGUGCAAGGAAGGUUACUACUUCAGUGAUCAACUCAAGCAGUGCACAGCGUGUAGGGACCCCUAUAAAUACUGCCCAGGAGGCAGCGUCGCCUGUACCGAUGAACCAUCAUGCGUGGCUGGCUUCAUGCCAGCUCCCCCUGUCCCGUGCCCCCAAAAUACACGUAUAACCGCCGGCUUCGACACACCCAGUAGCCAGAACGAUUGCUUGUGCGACCGCGGCUUUGCGUUCCGCGGGUAUGACGAAGAUGGCAACAAGACCUGCGAGCCAUGUCCCUCGGGCUCUUAUAAGAGCUCUGUUUAUGAUUCCAAUUGUAACGGCCUGUGUGGUAGUCACUCAACAAGCUUUCCGGGAAUGCAGCAACAGGACCAGUGUUUCUGUGAGUCGGGGACUUAUUACGCAGAAGGCGGCUGCCAUGCCUGCCCUGUUGGUGCUGUCUGCUUGGGAGGCCUCACGAAGGAGGCUCAGGAAAGAGUAUUAGCGGACGCGACUACAGCUGUGGUCAGCACUGCGGACCAUAUCAAGCCAUUCCCUACCGCUGGAUAUUUCCUGCAUAUGAUUAAUGAACAGCUUGAGAGUCCAGACGACUGGUUCUUCAUCAAGUGCCCCGUUGUUAGUGCUUGUCUUGAGAAUGGAGAGUGCUCCGAGACAAUGGAUAAUUACCUUUGCAGCGAAUGCAAGGAAGGUUUCACGAGUACUUUUGAGCCUGGGGAGGUCUGCACAAAGUGCCCGUCAAUGGGCCUCAAUAUCGCGCUGUGCACUGGCUAUUAUGUCGGUUUGCUGCUGUUCAAUAUUGGUAUGGCCUACAUGAACGUGGCUGCAGGAUUCAACAGACGGUCUAUUCAUUCCAUUGUUAUCAAAAUCGCGUCUAACUUCCUUACGUGCAUGUCCGUAAUUUCGAUGGUCGACUUUGAGCUCAUUGAGCUGCCCAACUGGUUCUACCAGGUUCAGACCAACAUGCUGGCGCAAAUCUCAUCUUCGGAAAAGACGCAUUGGGUUGCAGUGGACUGCUUUUUGCGGGAAGGCUUGCAGCUGUCGUAUAGCGAUUCCUUUUUCUUUACCAUGCUCUUCUACGCUCUCCUGCCCAUCGUGCUGCCCAUUAUCGCCACCCUCAUAAUGUUUCUCAUCGUCGACAGAGCCAAGCACUACUACCGUCACUCGACGCAACGGAAGUUGGGGGUGCUGCAGCAAACCAUUCGUUUUGACAUGAUGGCUUUGGCAGAGCAAUUGAGGGAUAAGCUAGAGGAAGACAGGCUUUUUAUGAUGUUCAGAUACGUACCCUUACCUGGGGAGUCCAUGUGGCGUCGCAUAUACAAGUUCUUCGAGGACAUGACGCCGAUAUAUGUCACAGUACUGUUCUUCAUCUACACUUCGACAACCAGACGAAUGCUGAGUCUACUUGAGUGCACUUCCAUCAACUUUGGAGAUGUACACGGGAGCGUAUCCUUCCUUACUGCAGUUAUGAACGUCCAAUGCACGGUCCACCCCAGCAAGGAAUACUUCACGUUCUUCCUUUUGGGGAUCACAGGCCUUGUUUUCUGGAGCAUUGGUGUUCCCCUCGGGGCCUUCCUCGUACUCUAUGUCAACCGCAAGAAUUUAAACAGCAGGGAGAACCGCCUGAAGUACGGCUUUUUACACAACGGAUUUGUUUCAAAGUACUGGUACUGGGAAACAGUUGUAUUUGCCCGGAAGCUUUGCGUCCUCAUAGUUUCCUCCGUCGUUUUGGUAUCCAAUUCAAGUGCUUCAGCCGCCACAAUUACCGUAUCCACGGCCAUUGCUAUUGCCUUCAAUGUUUUGCACUUGCGCUGCCAACCCUUUGACAAAAGGAGUUACUUGACGCUAGACAGAUUGGAAAAUCACAGUAUGGCAGUGUGGACGAUGGCUUCUUGCACAAUGAGCUUGAUGCUUGGGGCCGAGUUCCAGGGAAUGGUAAACGUUGUUUUGCUAGCUAUUGCCAUUUUACCUGUGCUGUCGUUCGCACUAGAGGUGGCGGUGAGUCUGAUACUCGCCUACUUUGAUAAUGUGAGGGCCACGAAGAGCUUUUUCUGGGUUCCGGUUUUAGGGAGGGUCUUUAGGUUCUUUGCAUACCUCUCGGAGAGGAGGAGAGCUAGAGAACCAGUGGUUGUGUUUGACGAGGUCGACCAGUCCAUCCAGCUGGUGGCUGCAAAAAGGGUGGGGAGACUCUCAAGAUUGUUCAGAGUGCGUAACAAGAGUAUUAAUUUCGAGGAACGCAGCUACUUCCUCAAGGUCAUGGCGGAGGCUCUGGGUCUCGCUGUCGUGCACUUGCGACUAGACGUUAUUCCUGGGUCCUUCUUGGAGUUUGCUCUUCGGCUAGGGCUUGCCUUCUCCAAAAUAGAAGAAGACAAUCAGAACACCAAGGCUUCUCUUCAGGCGCUGGCUGGAGGCGACUUGUCGAAGCUUUUAGAUUGGACACAGCAGGAGGAAGCUAAAAAGGAACAACGCAGGGGCAUUGCCAGGACUAAGAGUGUCACGGCCGUCCGCAUGCACGAUUACUACAGCGAGCUUGAAAAAAAGUUGGAUGCAAAUGAACAUGAGAAGAGCAGUUUGAGUUCGUCUGAAGAAGAAGAGAAAAGGGAAAGGAACAGAGAUCUUGAGGGAGGCGAAUCACAAUCCGAAGAAUCAGAGAGUGAAUCAGAUAACGGAGAUACAGAGAGAAGAUUGCUCAGUAAGGACUGCUCUCAACGCUUGUUGGAGUUAGGAAAGUUAGUAUCACGAAUGACCGAGGAGGAGCAAGCUGAAACAACGUAUUUGUUCGACGAAAAUCUUCUCAAUUGUGGUAUUGUUCUCUCCGAGCUGUAUCUAUCCCUGUUAAAGUUACAGCUCAAGUCACCCCAAGCUAUUGCUAGCCAGUUCGAGGCUUUUAGGGAUAAGAAGGGCAUUGUAACGGAGGAGAGGGCAUCCCAGCUACGAAUGAAAAACAGAAAACUCAAAAUAUUCAGAGAUUCCGCCACUUGCGUAUUGAACAAUCCCCCUGAGGACAUCAAGGAAAUCCUUCCCACACCAGAAGAGGCUGAAAGCGUCAAACAACAGCUGGAAGCUAUUACCAAGAAGAAUCGUUUCUUAACCCAACAACUAGAGAGCCUGCGUAGUAGCCCAGGAGAUUUUCAGGCAGGUACAGAUGAAUACUUGCAAUGGAUUGAUGCUGCGGAACGACAAGAAGGCGAUACGUUUGAAGAGAUACAGCGCAUCGAUAAAUUGUUGGAACAGAAAUCCACUGAGGAAGCAUACGGAUUCCAGGAGGGAGGAAUCCUUGCCAGUUCCGGCAGCGACCUCUCAGACAAGGAUGACAGCAUAGAAAAGCCGCCGAAGAAGCUACUAGGGCAGCCUGUAAAGGUAGUGGCAGCCAACGCGGAGGACUGGAUGGAAGGCUGA